AUGUCUCACAAGUACGAAGACCCCUAUAUUGUGGCAGAAAAGGUUGGGGACCUCACGUACAAAGCCUUGCCCGAGAACACUGAGGAAGCUGCUGCUACUUCACCCCCGCUUGAUCCCUCACUUUCGAGCUCACCUCCACAGCCCUUACAACCACCACCCAAGCCUGCAGUUACCACCAACAACACCUUCGUACCGGCACUCCUACACCUGGCCGACAAAUUGGCAGGCAACGACGUCAACCUAUACGUCCACACCAUCAACAGGCUGCUCACCGCAAAUGGACUUCCGACGGUGACGGUACCAUUCGACCUUCUCCCAGCUCCUCCACCUGCGGCUGGCCCGGCGUCCAACCCCGCAACAGGGCCCACAACCAGUCUGAUAAAAGGGACGCCACCCUCCCUGGCUACCUCUGCCAACGAAGACAUCACAUCGAGAGACGACAACGGACCACCCAAAACUCCCCUAAGCCAUCAGGAAGCUCUCCAGAGCCACCACCGACUUCGAUGA